UUGACCGAUGGGCGCGGGGGCCUUGACGACGGCGACACAGCAGCAACUGAGAGAAGUGGUGCUGGCGCUGCCCCGCGUUGAUCGUGAGAAUCUGAAGGAGGCCUUGCAACGAUUGGACGGUGAUGCUUCGGGAAAUCUUUGCAGCGAUCUGCGGGAAUAUUUCAAGAAGCAGUACCGCUUGGGUGGUGAAUUUUGCCACGAGGAGUACGAAUAGACGGACGGGGAAGAGAAAUGGACCUGGAUCCACAAGCCCACGGGAAUCCAGGUGUGGAGAGAUGCCAUUGAUUUGACCGCAGGGGAGGGUGGAGACGUCUUUUUUCACUACACCAGCGAAGUGGCCUUUGGCAACAUUACACACCCCAGCAAAGAAGCCACCGAAGUUUGGGCGUCACUCAACACCUCGGGGCCCAACGCCAACGCCUGGUGGGGUCCUGGGGUCUACACGGUGCCGUUGGCGCCGGAUCGAUGGGAGGAUCGAGAGGAAUUGCUGGAUAACAACUUUCGCAACAUGAUGAGGAGAGAUCGAGAAGAUCCACAGAGGGGCGUGGAGUAUGUGAAGGCGGAAUAUCCCAAAGAGUAGCCUACUGUGUCCCGCUGAUCAUCGACCCAGCCUAUGCCUAUGAUGUGGCGCUGCGGGCAACGCCGGAGAUGCUGGAAGCCGGGAAGGAUCCGGGACGCAACCUGGCCGACAAGUUGCUGAACGAACCCGGAAAGCCACCCCGCUGCUGCGUGGUACUACGGAUCGCCGGGGAGGAAGGUAUCCAGCAUGCCCGUGGCCGUUUGCUGGACGCUCUGCGGCAGCGCGGCAAAGCUGGACGCCGCGACAGCAAGCUGAGACUGGGCGAGGUCCUGGACGCCCGCGGCCUCUAUGCCGAAGCGCUGCCUCUGCUGCAGCACGUGGUCUCCGAGGAGCUCCGGGCCUCCGGCGACGAAGAUCCCAAGACGCUGAGGGCCAGCAUCAGCUUGGCACAGCUGAAGUACCAUAUGGGACACUACUGCGAAGCAGAGAACAUGUUUCGGCAGUGCUUCGAAGCGAUGGAGCGCACUUUGGGUCCUACACAUCAUGAUACCCUGAGUUCGAUGAGCAGCCUUGCAGUCGUCAUGGACGACAUGGGAAGGGCAGCGGAUGCCCAGAGGCUCCAUCGGCAAUGCCUCGAGUUGUGCGAAGGCAGUCUGGGAGCGGAGCAUCCGGAGACACUGACGGCGGCCAACAACUUGGGAGGUGUGUUGACUACACUGGGACAAUUCGGAGAAGCAGAGAAGCUGUAUCGCCGCUGCUUGGAGGUGAGUGAAAGAACACUGGGCGCUGAACAUCCCGAUACCCUGGUUGCCAUAAUGAACCUGGCAUCUGUCUUGGAUGACAUGGGCCAUAGCCCGGAAGCUGAAACCAUGUACCGGCGCUGCUUGGAAGUGAACGAACGAAAUCUGGGUUCGGAGCAUCCUGACGCCCUGAGUGUAGUGAAUAAUUUGGCACACGUCUUGUGCAACAUGGAAAGACAUCAGGAAGCUGAACCUUUGUAUCGCAGAUGCUUGGAGGUUAGAGAACGGACUUUAGGAAAGGACCAUCCCGACACCUUGGCUUCCAUCCACAACCUGGCGGGAGUGAUGACCAGCCAGGGACGCCACAGCGAGGCACAGCGGUGCUACCAGAGCUGUCUGCAGGCGAUGGAUCGCAUCCUGGGACCGGAGCAUCCAAACACUUUGGCGGCGGUCAGCAAUCUGGCAGCGGUGCCCGGGCUGAAAGCGCUACAGCCAAGUAUGAGAUAUAAAUAA